AACUUGGCAUCACUGGUUUGUGUUUUAUGGUAUUUGUUUUGGUUAGUCUGACGCGUAAAGUUUUUCUCGGCUUAAUACUCCGUGGUUUUGGCCAUUAGCCGCAGCUUUCGAUUCCCACUGGAACGGGCAUCAUGGAGGAGGAGGCCGCCCAGUACUCGGUGCACGCAGUGUGUCGCAUCUGCCUGAAUCGCCUCCCGGAGAACGGCGGCAAACCGGGGUCCUUCGACCUGUUCCUGAUCCCCGGACUGGCCAAAAAGCUGUGCGUGUGCACCUCGUUGUCCGUGGAGCAGUCGGAUGGAUUCCCCAAGAGCCUGUGCACGCUGUGCUUCAACCGACUGGACGACCUGCACGAGUUCCAGAAGCUGUGUGUCGACUCGGUGCAGAAGUUCCAGGACAUGGUGGCCAGGAAUGUCUUCUGCUCGCCCGCCAGCUCGCAAAUCAAAACCUUCGAUGUGCUCAACGUGGCCGGGAACGAGGCUGAUUUGGCGGGCCAGGAGGAGGAGGAUCGCAUCAACUUUGAUCCGCUGCUGGAUCACAAAAUGGAGCUGAUCGAGAACGAGGAGGAUGUCUUCAAGAUGCUGGAGCACGUGGACAAGGAGGCCGAGCAGGUGGAGAAGGAGGUGAAACAGGACGAAAUGGAUGCCGCCGACCUGAUGACCAUUUUCGGGGCUGAUUCCUCGGAGGAGAGCGACGAAGAGUUCGAGCAAGGAGUGGACUUUGAGCCCAACAGCAGCGAUGGCGAUGAUGAUGUGCCUCUGGCCCAGCGCUUAAGGGAAAAUACCAGGGUGAAGCCCAAACCCAAGCGACUUCUUAUCAAGGAAGAGGAGCAGGAGUUCCUCUCACACUCCGAGGAGGAGCAGGAGCAGGAGCAGGAGGAGGAGGAACGAGGAAGGGGAAGGGGAGAAGACGAAGACCAGGCCAGGAGGAUUCCGCCCGGUGAACGCCACCUGCACCGCAUCAUCGACUGCCACAUCUGCCACCAGAAGUUUAAGAAGGCCAUCCGCUACGAGGAGCACAUGAAGCACCACAACGAUCUCCUGCCCUUCCAGUGCAAAGUGGAGACCUGCAGGAAAGGUUUUACCACCGCUGGCGGAUUGAGGCUUCACAUCGACCACGCCCACACGGAGCUAUCCGAGGUGCACUCCUGCAGUGUCGAUGGCUGCGGCAAGUCAUUCCCGCGCAUUCGCCUGCUCACGUUCCACAUGAAGAAGAUGCACGGCAUCUCCAAGGCGGCGGCACCGCCACGGGAUUACCCCUGCUCCGAGUGCGAUAAGGUCUUCCGCUGUCCCAUGGCGCUCAAGAAGCACAUGUACAAGCACGACGGCAAGGAGCUGCCGUUCCCUUGCAACAUAUGUGGCAAGCGUUUCGUGAUCAACAGUGCUUUAAAGGAUCAUCUAAUGAGGCACGCGGGCAUUAAGAACUACGUGUGUCCGUAUUGUGGUGUGGGAAAAACCACUAGGCAGGAGUGGAACACGCACAUCCUGACACACACGCAGGAGAAGAAGUUCAAGUGUCACAUAUGCGAACACGCCUCGCACAACAAGCAAAGUCUGGCCAACCACAUUAAGAUCGUCCACGAGAAGAUCAAGAACUAUGCGUGCCAGUACUGCGGGAAGACCUUCGGAAAAUCGCAUGCCUGCAAGAUUCACGAGAUGACGCAUACAGGAGAAAAACGCUGCGAGUGCAAGGUUUGUGGCAAAAAGUUUCUCUAUCCCAAGAGCCUGACCAAACACCUAAAAACACACGAGAAGCGGGUGUUACGGGCAAUCGAGACGUAUCGUCAGCGGCAGGUGGAGAUGGGUGAGUCACCUGGCGACCAGGUGGACAAUCCUCCAGCGCCACCUGUGGAGGGCGUGUCCAUCGAGCCGAUCAUGACCCAAAACGCCGCCGACGAAUUGCUCAAGGUGUGCGCCGAGUCCGUGGCCACCAUACCCAAAGAUCCACGCCGAGUGCAACGGGUGGACCUGGCCCAAUUGGCAGGCACCGCAGUGAAUCCCAUACCCUCGGUUUCAGUGCCCUCUUGGUCGCCGCAGGUGAACUUCACCAAGAAGGAGGGCAAGCAUAUCUGCCCUGGGUGUGGACAGGGAUUUAACAACAUUGGGAACAUGAAGCGCCACUACAAGAUCAUCCACGAGAAGGUCAAGGACUUUGCCUGCCGCUUCUGCCCGAAGAGAUUUGCGAAGGCCCAGACGCUGCGGCACCAUGAGUGGAUUCACACCGGGGAGAAACCAUUCGAGUGCAAGACCUGCGGCACCCAUUUCCGUCAGGAGACGGCACUGAAGCGCCACCAGCGCACCCACGAGAACCGUCCGCCCGUGAUCUCGCCCAAGUUCUAUGCCGCUCGCGAGGAGCUGGAGGAGCAGGAGCGCAGCAAGCGGGAGGCCAAGCGUCAGGCGGAUGCCAAGCGUCACGAGAUUGCCGAGGCGGCCAAGGAGCAGCUUUCCUCGCUGCACAAGCUGGAGAGCAGCGAUCGCAACCUGCACUCCUACGAUGAGUACCAGGAGGCGGCGGCGGAGCGAGCAGCUGCAUCCGCGGAACUCCAGGCCCAGCAAUUCGAAGAGUACGAGAUGAAGCGGCGGGCGGACGAGGAGCGGCGCAAGAUCAAGGAGGCUGCCUAUGAGCAACUGCAGCGGCUGCAGCAUCAGCAGGAGGUUGACAAAGCGCAGAGCUCCUACGAUGGCUACUACGCACAGAAGGCUCAUGCCGAUGGCACCAGUUUGGACGCUUUGAAACUCGACCAUGUCUGAGAUCUAACCAGCGUUUAACGCUGUCUAAGGUGGAUGAUGAAAAGUAGAUUUCUAAUGAAAAGCAAUACCUUGUAAUCCUUAUAAGAACAGUAUGUAUAAGAUGGAUAUAGCAUAGGCUUAAGCAAAAAAUACAUUUACAUGAAAUUAAA